AUGCCUGAUGCACUACGGCACCGUGGUAACCCCAACACCACUACUUACGUCAUUAACGUACGACAAAACCCAAAAGGGUUUUUAGUUUGUUCGUCUACGAAGAGUGAUAUUCAAAAAAGGGCCUUAAUCUUUCCACCCACGAGCCUUUACGGGACAUUCGUAGCCAUAGCGGUGCCAGUGGACAUCCCUGACAAGAACGUGUUCGUUUCGUACAACUUUGAAUGCAACUACAGUGUUGUCACUAACAUCACUGAGAUUGACGAAGUUAUUUUUCCGAAUUUACCUGUAAUAAGCUCGCGCCACAGUCGCAGUAUCACUAGAGCAUUAGCGUACAUAGUACUGGAAACGAAAUUCAAAGAAAACGGAAUAAAUGGCAGAGAAUGUCUGUUACGAAACAUUUGCGAAGCUGCUGAAACUCCGCUGCACCACAACGGUCUUCUGGGCCACAUUAUGCACAUUAUAUUCACUCCCUCGUCAUCCCGUGAAGAAGGUCUGGAUGAAUCCUACUACAAAGCUGAGGCGGAUGGUCUCCGAGGUGACUGCGAGAAAUACUACGACGAGUGCCAGUUCAGUCUCUUUGAUAUGAUCACAAGGCUUGUCGAGAUACGGCACACUUCUUGA